AUGGAUCCGAUUCUAAAGAGAGAUAAAUUUUUAAUAAGGACUGGACAAUAAUAGAAGGAAGAGAAAGUUACAGGAUUUAAAAUUUAUUGUUAUUCUAAAAAGCAACUUUUAGUAUUUAAAUUACUGAAGAUGGAACAGUUAUUAAAAGGAUGGCUCUAUUCUUUAUAUGUAACUAUUAAACUAUAAUUUAGAGAUUAAAAGGAUACUCUAAAUUAAACAAAAAAUUUAGAGUAAAUUAAAUAUUUAAGAUGGCAGGUUAGUAUAAUAAUCUGUAAUAAAAAAUGGGAAAAUGGCAUGCUUUAUGGAAAGGGGAAAAUUUAGAAGCAGGAGGAUAUUAUUGCGAUAAAGGUUUAAAAACAGGUGAAUGGAUCGAACUUUUUGAAAUUUUUUGGGAGUAAUCUUAUCUAAAUUAAUAUAGCAAAUCAUAAGUAACUUUUAGAGGGUAAUAUUUUGAUGAUAUUAAACAAGGGAAAUGGUAAAUAUAUUAUUUAGAUUAAAAAUUAAAAUAAAUCACCAAUAUGUAAGAAUGUAAAAUUAAAUCUUUAUAAGUGGUGGAGGCUAUUAUGAUUAAGUGGCUAUUAAAUAAGGGUAUUGGAUAGAUUUAUCAGUGGAAGACAAAUUGUUUAUAAAGGAAUUUAUUAUAAUAAUGCAAAAGUAGGUUAAUGGGACAUUGCUUAUCGAAGUUACUUUGAUAGUCGUUUUAAAAAAAUGUAAACGCAUAUAAUAUUCUUAGAGGAGGAGGUGUUUAUAAUAGAGACGGAUAAAAAAAUGGGAAAUGGGUGGAGGAAAGUGAAAAUUUUUGGAAGUAAGAGUAAUGAAAUUAAUUUUAGUGGAUGCUAGAUUUUAGAAUAAGGAGAAUAUAAAAAUGGGUUAAAAAUUGGAAUUUGGGAGUCUCUAUUAAAGGAAUAUAAAGAUGAUCAUUAUAAAUUAAUGUAUAAUGUUUCAAAAUUAUUAUAUUCUUAGAAGUCUAGGAUGUUAUGACAAUGAUAUAAAAAAUGGAAAGUGGACUGAAAUUCAUGAAAAAUUUAUGAGGUAUAAUAUUAUUAUAGUUUUAUUCAUUCUAAACAUUAUGAAUGCAAAAUAAUAAAUGUAGGAAAUUAUACUAAGGGUCUUAAAAUAGGAAGGUGGAAAAUUCUAGUUUAACUUACUUAUGAUGUUAUGUAACAGAAUCUUAUCAUAUUGUAGUGGAGGAGGUGAUUUCGAUGAAUACGGAUAGAAAACAGGUAUUUGGUUAGAAGUAGAAGAUUAUAGAUAGUAAUUAAUAAAUUAUUAUUUUUAUAGUUUUAUAUCAAAGAUUUCAUUCAAAGGAAGAUAUAUAAAUGGAAAAAAAGAAGGAAAAUGGCAAAUUAAUUAAAAUAAUAAGAUAAUGUAUUAUAAAAUUAGAUUAUUAUUUUUCAGAGGAGGAGGGAGCUAUAAUGAUAGAGGAUUAAAAUUUGGAUUAUGGAUUGAGAUAAAUGAUAAAAUUUGGAAGUUUAAUAUAUUAUCUAUUUAAUUAGAUAUUGGAAAGUGUUAUUUGUAGAAAAUUAUUAAGAAGGAAUUAAAAUAGGAAAUUGGGAAAUUCUAAUUAGCAAAUAUUGUGAUAAUAAAUUGAAAAUGUUUGAUAUCAAUCUUAAAUUUAGAGUUAAAGGAACCUACAACGAUAAUGGAAUGAAAAUUGGAUAAUGGACAGAACUUUCUGAAACAUUUUGUGAGUACACUUUAUGAUUAAAUUUAUUAGAGAUUCUUAAGUAAUAUUUAAAUGGAAUUAAAUGUGGAUAAUGGAAUGCAUUCUUUACAACUAAUGUUUAAAAAUAAUAUAAGUUAAUGUAAAUAUUGUUAUCCAUAAAAAGUGGUGGUGGUAAGUUUGAUAGGAAUGGAGUAAAGUUUGGAAAAUGGAUAGAUUUGCAUGAAAAUUUUUAAUAGUAUUAUUAUCUAAAUAAUAUUAGCGACGAAUAAAUCAUAUAUAUUGGUUAAUAUUAAGAUGGAAUCAAAGAAUNUAAGGAGAAUAUAAAAAUGGGUUAAAAAUUGGAAUUUGGGAGUCUCUAUUAAAGGAAUAUAAAGAUGAUCAUUAUAAAUUAAUGUAUAAUGUUUCAAAAUUAUUAUAUUCUUAGAAGUCUAGGAUGUUAUGACAAUGAUAUAAAAAAUGGAAAGUGGACUGAAAUUCAUGAAAAAUUUAUGAGGUAUAAUAUUAUUAUAGUUUUAUUCAUUCUAAACAUUAUGAAUGCAAAAUAAUAAAUGUAGGAAAUUAUACUAAGGGUCUUAAAAUAGGAAGGUGGAAAAUUCUAGUUUAACUUACUUAUGAUGUUAUGUAACAGAAUCUUAUCAUAUUGUAGUGGAGGAGGUGAUUUCGAUGAAUACGGAUAGAAAACAGGUAUUUGGUUAGAAGUAGAAGAUUAUAGAUAGUAAUUAAUAAAUUAUUAUUUUUAUAGUUUUAUAUCAAAGAUUUCAUUCAAAGGAAGAUAUAUAAAUGGAAAAAAAGAAGGAAAAUGGCAAAUUAAUUAAAAUAAUAAGAUAAUGUAUUAUAAAAUUAGAUUAUUAUUUUUCAGAGGAGGAGGGAGCUAUAAUGAUAGAGGAUUAAAAUUUGGAUUAUGGAUUGAGAUAAAUGAUAAAAUUUGGAAGUUUAAUAUAUUAUCUAUUUAAUUAGAUAUUGGAAAGUGUUAUUUGUAGAAAAUUAUUAAGAAGGAAUUAAAAUAGGAAAUUGGGAAAUUCUAAUUAGCAAAUAUUGUGAUAAUAAAUUGAAAAUGUUUGAUAUCAAUCUUAAAUUUAGAGUUAAAGGAACCUACAACGAUAAUGGAAUGAAAAUUGGAUAAUGGACAGAACUUUCUGAAACAUUUUGUGAGUACACUUUAUGAUUAAAUUUAUUAGAGAUUCUUAAGUAAUAUUUAAAUGGAAUUAAAUGUGGAUAAUGGAAUGCAUUCUUUACAACUAAUGUUUAAAAAUAAUAUAAGUUAAUGUAAAUAUUGUUAUCCAUAAAAAGUGGUGGUGGUAAGUUUGAUAGGAAUGGAGUAAAGUUUGGAAAAUGGAUAGAUUUGCAUGAAAAUUUUUAAUAGUAUUAUUAUCUAAAUAAUAUUAGCGACGAAUAAAUCAUAUAUAUUGGUUAAUAUUAAGAUGGAAUCAAAGAAUAAGAAUUUUAUUAGAAAAAAUUAAUGUGA